CCGCCGAAAAACUAAAGAAGCAAACCAUUCUUUGAUUUAAUAGAGAAACAAAAACAGAAUUAGAGAGAAGAUUCUUGGCAUUGAAGAAAGAGAAUCGAAGAAACUGAUACGAGAACUUACCCUCAACUCUAAUGGCAGACGCUGGAGAGAAUCAGCAAGAAUCUGAGAGAAGAAGCGAUGAAACAGAGUCGAUCUCCAUUGAAGAACAGAAGGAGAAGGAAGACGAAGAUGAGAAUCUUCAAGAACAAAGACCGAGCUCCAUUGGGUCGUCGAUUCCAUCUUCUUCUGAUAAAAGCAAAGAGAAGAUGACGCAGUCGAGUCCGUAUCCAGUUCGUCCCGGUGUAGAAAACUGUCAGGCUUACAUCAAAACUGGUCUGUGUCGCUUUGGAAGUAGUUGCCUUUACAAUCAUCCUAAUCAACUUCCACAGUUACUGCUUAACAUCUUAAUAGAGUACUCAGGUUUCAGGCCAGAGAAGAGGUCCAUGAUUGUUCCGGAUUCUCAAAUGCCUGAUCCAAUAGGCCAUGAAGCUCAAGAGAAUCUGCAGGAGCAGAGACAGAGAGAUAGCACUGAGAGGCAGACGAGAGAGGCUCAAGAGAAUCUGCAUCAACAGAGAGUUCAGGACAUGCCAGAGAAUCACAACGUAGAUGCUCAACAGAAUCUGCAGGAACAGAGACGGAUAAGCAUUGAGAAUGAGAGAGCAGAAGCUCGUUUGAGAAUAGAACAGAUCCGACCUACUGUUGCAUUUUCAUUAAACGAAUAUAUUCGAGCCAGAGUGGUGCUGCACGAAUUGGGAUUUAUUACUGAUUCACAAGGCUCCUUCCUUGGACCAAAGAGAUAUUUAGGUCUAGGUCCCAGGAGAUAGCAGAGAAUCACAACGUAGAUGCUCAUGAUCAAGAGAAAACGCAGCAACUCCGGUUUAAAAGAAAAGAGGGAAAGAGAACUCUCAGAUGAUUCCUUUGACCGCAAGAAACUUAUAUGUGUUGAGAAUUUAGGUUAAGCUUUCGUUGCUUUCAACAUUUGCAAAAUUAUAAUAUGGUUGGGAAAAAUAAAUUACAUUAGAAUGU